AUGACGAACCAGCUCCCACCCGACCCCACCUCCGCGCCCAACACCACCUACGCCUCAACAAUGUUCACGCCCUUCCGCGUCGGCCGCUACAUCCAGCGCCCCGACGGCAGCGUGAUGGACCAGGCGCAGCGCUUCCCGGUCCGCUUCCUUGUCCAUGGCGACGUGCUGACGUAUGGCUCUGGGCGCAGACAUAGGGUGCUGUGGGAUGACCCUGAUGUCGUGGCAGGCUUGAACCGCGAGAUUGCUAGACUGUGCGCGCGUUAUGGUGACGCGCGCGUCCCCUGGUCCGCCCGCGAACAGACCUGGCUCCGAAUGAUGCUGCACCUCCAGCCGCGAGUGACGCCCUCGCAUCUCAAGAACCUCUACGCCCGCGACUGGGUCGGCCGCCGCGUCGUCGUCAGCUGCGAGCUGUUUGGCCGCUGGGUGCGCGUGUGCACGCCGCGCAGCGAAAGCGAUAUCAGGGUUGCGAUUAUGUACUAUCGCUGA